AAAAAAAACAAACCAUUGACGGCAUUAAAAAUGUAGCGCAUUGUGAUUGAUGUUGAUACAGAAUAUAACCCAUCGGUAGAAGAGUAAUAAAAUUUUAUGAAUAUCUAUUAAAAUCAAGUAAAAAAGUUACAACAUCAUGUCAGGUUAUUUUUCGAGGUUUAAUAACCCGCGAAAUGAUGGGACAUACUACAUGCUUCGAGAUGCCGUCCAACGUAAAAACAGUGAGUUGGCAAAAUCACUUUUGAACACUGGUGCUCAGGUGAAUAGCCCUCAUGGAAGAUCUUGUAACACAGUACUUCAUUUCGCUACAAUGAAUCGUAAUGUAGAAUUGGUGCAAAUGUUGCUAGACAGAGGAGCUUAUGUUAACAUACCAAACACACAGGGUAAAACUCCACUUCAUUUAGCAGUUGAAUGCGGCUCUGAGCCAAUAGUUAAAUUACUUGUCAACAAAGGAGCCAACGUAAACACCAUUGCUAAAGACAAUUCAAAGCCAAUUGAAAAAGCUAUCUCUACGUGGCAAAGUAAUAUUUUUUCACUACUAGUUUGUCAUGGCGCGAAUGUUAACAUUACUCUCAGUAAUGGUCAAACGUUACUUUAUGAAGCAGUUCAACGCGGCUAUACAUCUAUCGUUAAGUGCAUUCUUGAAAAAUCUUCAGUUAAUAAAAGUAUAAACCAACACUGUCUUACAACAGCAGUACUUAAGGGAAAUGAAGAAAUUGAACAGCUCUUAAUUAAGCAUGGUUUCGAAGUUGAACCUCAAUGUGUUAAUAAUUCAAAAUUUUUCCACGCUAUCGUUAAAAGAGGAUAUACCAAAUUCGUAACUGAUCUUUUGACAAUGGGUGCUGAUGUCAAUGCACUCCGUCAAGAAACAACUAAAUAUACACUUCUUCAUACUGCUUGUAUAAAUCAAAAAUUAGAAAUCACUAAGUUAUUAAUACAGCAUGAUAUUAACUUGAAUGUGAAAGACAAUAAAGAAAAAACGGCAAUAUUUUAUGCCGUAAAAAAUGGCGAUUUUAAUAUUGUAAAGUUGUUGAUAACUAACGGAGCUAGCGUUAAAGAUGAUCCUGAUUUACUUAACAUUGCUGCUCAUAAUCAAUGCAUUGAUAUUGUUCAAAUUUUACUGGAACAUGGUGUUGAUAUUAAUGCAUAUGAUUGUUUUGGAAAGACGGCUUUACAUUCGGCAUUAAUUGAACAGUUUUUCCAAUUAGAAGACAAAGUAAUUUGUAUACUCUCUUCUAAAGACGUUAAGGCGUCAUUAGUGAGAGUUUUAUUGAACAAAGGUGCUGAUGUCAAUAUUCGAAUGAAGGAUGGUCAAACAGCGCUUCAUUUAGCUGUUCGAACUGAUAACAAAGAAAUCGUAAAUACUCUUCUGGAAUGCAACUCACAGGUAAAUGUAUCAGAUGCUAAAGGAACUACACCAUUACAUUUAGCUGCUCAAACAAAAAAUUCAAUAAUUGUUGACAGUCUCCUCAGUCAAAAUGCUGAUAUUAAAGCUAUGGAUAUAAAAGGCAUGACGGCAUUACAUUUUGCGGCUGAAGUAGGACAUCUAGAUAUUAUUAAAAUUCUCUUGAGAUAUGAACCUGAUGUCAAUGCCAUAGAUCAAUUCUGCUUGACACCACUGCAUUGUGCGGCUAAAUAUGGACACUUGGAAGCUGUUGAAAUUUUACUUGAGCACAAUGCUGAUGUAAAUGCCGUUGACAUAAGUGGUUCGACGACACUUCAUUUAGCAGUUGAAGCCGGGCAUCAUAAGAUUGUUGAGCACUUACUUAAAUUCAAUCCUGACAUGAAUUCACCAGAUGAUAAUGGUGAAACUUAUCUUCAUAUUGCGGUUAAAAAUGAAGACAUCAAUAUUACCCGAUUACUUAUGAAUUAUUCCAUAGACGUUGAUUGUAUCAAUAAAGAUGGAUUGACUCCACUAUUGAUAGCUUCGCACUAUAAUUACCCGAUUUUAUCUAAACUUCUGAUAGAGAAUGGAGCUAAUAUUAAUUUUACUGAUCCGCUGGGUAGGAGUGUUCUCCACAUUGCUGCUAAAAAUAAUAACUUAGAAAGUGCUUCAAUUCUAUUAGAGAAACAUGCUGAUGUUAACUGUAAAGACGAAAAUGGAUUGACACCACUACUAAUAGCAGUUCGUUCAAAUCAUGAAGACCUCGCUGGCCUUCUCCUUGAGCACAAUGCAGAUGUUAAUUGUCCUGAUCAAAAUGAUAAGCGAGCACUUCACAUCGCUAUGGAGAAAAGAAAUGAAAGUAUAGUUUUAAAGUUAUUGACUCAUGGCGCCGAUGUUAAUUUCGUUGAUGAUGAAGGAUCGACUGUUCUUCUCAAUGCUAUUUGGCACGCAUUUUCUCCACAAUUUAUUGAAAAAUUACUCAUGUUUGGUGCAGAUGUUAAUCACAGGAAUAAAAAAGGAGAGACAGCUCUUCACAUUGCUGCAAAAGGGAAACGACGUAACAUUAUUGAAAUUUUAUUAAAAUAUGGUGCAGACAUAAAUAUGAAAUGUCACAGAAAUAAAAUCGCUUUAUUUCAUACAUAUGAGUACACUAAUUCAGACUACCGUUCAUCAUCUUCGGACUGUGAAGGUUGUGGGAAUUCUGAUUGUGAAUGUUGGGAUGGUGGUUAUUACAAUAGUUGGAAGCGAAGAAGUUGGUAUGACCGAGGCAGGAAUUAUCAGCAGGAAAACUUUUCUUGCCAUGUCGAUGAAUGUUCUUCAAUUGUUGCAGUUUUCAAGCGACAUAUUCUAAAGUUACAAGCUGCUAAAUUUCAUGUGGAUGAGAGUAAUAUACAUGCUCUUAAAUAUUUUAAGAAAAUGGAAAGUGACAGAGACAACAGUGAUCAUUAUGACAUAGACUUUGAUGCAUACAAUGAAAGUGAUUCUGAUAUAGAUAUUGAUUCAGACAGCGAAACAGAUAACGAAAAUUAUGAUAAUAAAGAAAUUAUGGAAUUAGAGUCUAUGAAAAAUGAAAGAAUUGGAAACAGCAACAUAUCAUUCUAUGAUUUUUUGACAAGUAGUGUGCAUCGGUUAGCUAGAUAUGUCAAGAAUAAGAAUAUAGUCGAAAUCAUAAAUUUAAAUGAUUAUGAAUUGAUAUUUCCUAUUUAUUCUGACAUCAUCAAGAGUCGCUUUUAUAUUGGCAUGGAGAGGAACAAAUUGUUAGCACAAUGUGAGUUUCUGGGUGAUAUUUUUGUCGACUUACCCGAUACUUGCAUUGAUGAAAUUAUAAGUUAUCUUAACAACCAAGAGCUUAGAUUUUUAACGAAUGCGUACAAAGAUCAGAAUAUUUCGAACAAACGAAAAAUUCAUCUCGUUUCAUAAAUUUAAUUAUUCCAAUUAAUGUAAACGAGAUCAAAAGCACACGCAUAUUUUUUUUUUGUUUUUUCAUUUAUUUAUUUUUUAUUUUCAAAAUAUUCAAAUAACUCAAUGAAAAUAAUUUCUAACUAGUUGAACUAUCAACAAUCAAUACAUAAAUACUAUGUAACAAAUUUCAACUGAUUGUUAUCGAUUCGAUUGAUCGCAGUUGAUUUACGCGUAGUUAUUUAACUUUAUAAAGUUUAUUAUGAAAAAUUAUAGUUUAUUCUGAAAAUAUAAUUAUUUAUUUUAAAUUAAAUACUUUUAUUCUAACAUUUAAAUGAAAGUUUUUAUGGUUUUAUUAAUUAUUAUUGAAUACAUAUUUCAAUAAUAUAAAUACUUCGUUUCAAAUGAACGUUUUUCUAUGCUGUUCAACAAUUAUUUUUCCAUCGAGUACUUUAUUUUAUUCAUUCUUUUCUUUUUUCAUAAGAGACUACACUCUAAUAAAACUAAUGUGUAAUUCAAUCGUUUAUUUAGAGUAAUAAAUAGCAGCAGCUGUUUUAUUGUACUAUUUAUUUAUUAAUUCAUUUAUUUUAUGCUAUUAUUAGUAAAAAUUGAAAUACUGAUAAUGCGGAAUUGGUUCUACUGAGAUAUUAAAAAUCAUCAUCAUCAUCAAUAAAUAUAAUUUAUCAAAAUUUUGCAUUGACAGUUUUUAAAUUGAUUUUUAA